AUGAGGGCAAGGGGCUCUCGUAGCCUCAGAGGACUCCAACCCCCUCCUCUUUGGCACUGCAGUAGGUGGUUAGAGGCCCGCGAGGCUGUGGGACCUUCUGUCCUCAUUUUAUUUAGACUAGCACUUGAACCAAAAGGAUGUCGAACGGUAGGUAUUCAUAUUUUUUGUGGGAGCACUAUAAACAAGGCGCACCUUCUUGUGAGCAAUCGAAACAUGAUAGUUGCUCUCAUCCCCAUUUACUCCACCAAUAUCAGAUACACGCCCUCCCUCACAGUGCUUGCCAUGGCUGAUCCACUUCCUCCAAUUUCAAUUCCUCAGUCUGCCCAUGUUUGUGAGCAAGAAGCCCAGCCCGAGACUUUGUUAUCUCAGUUAAAACUCUAUGACUUGGUACUCAGCCCAGCUAAGCCUAUGGCUCUCAGAGCUGCUGUUUUGCUCAAUAUUCCGGACAUAAUUGCCCAGGCUUCAGGCUUUAUUACCAUAGACGAAAUAGCUGCCCAUAUUUCAGCCUCCAGUGAUAGGCCCCCUUGCAUAGAAUAUCUCUUUCGCCUUCUGAGAUUUCUAGCCUCCCAUCAAAUCUUUACUGAGAUCCCACACCAGGAGGACUUCAGGCAAACUAGAUAUGGUCUGAUAGGCCUUUCUAAAUUGUUUGUUAAGGAAACAAGUAAUGGAGUUGUGCCCAUGCAAAAUUGGAUUCCAUUGUUGUUGGGAGCCACCAGCCAUAUUUCCUUCGAGGGAAGGUUGCAUCUACAUGAGUCUGUGUUAGAAGGUGGCUGCGCUUUUGAUAAGGCUUUUGGUAUGAGUUUUUGGGAUUACGCUCCAAAUAAUCCUGAAGUGAACAAGAUAUUUAAUGAGUCCAUGUCUUGUGAUACUCGUGCUUUGAUGUCUUAUGUUGUGAAGAUUUAUGAGGAGGGAUUUAAGAAGAUAACUUCUUUGGUUGAUGUUGGGGGAGGUGUGGGCUCUGCCUUGUCCAUCAUUGUGGAGAAUUACAAACACAUUAAAGGAAUUAAUUUUGAUCUACCACAUGUUAUCGUUUCUGCACUUCCUAUUGCUGGAGUAAAGCAUGUGAGUGGUAAUAUGUUUGAAUAUAUCCCAUCAGCUGAUGCAAUCUUUCUCAAGAUGAUUUUGCAUAAUUGGGAUGAUGAAGAUUGUGUGAAAGUGUUGAAAAAGUGUCAUGAGGCCACACCAGAAAAUGGAAAAGUUAUAAUUUUGGAUGCACUUAUUGUUGAACAAAAAAAGAUGAAAACGAGGAAGGAAAAAUGA